UACUCUCUUAUAUCCCAAUUAGGUUUCAUUUUCAAUUUCUUUCCAUUCCAAAUUAAAAAAAGGGGAAAACAAAAUUAGGUUUCAUUUUCAAUUUCCAAUUUCUUCCCCAUUUCAAUUCCCAAUUUUUGAUAUCAGAUCUGAUUCAUCUCAUCUGGAUACCAAAAAUUCCCCAAAUUCAGUCCCUUUACACGUCAGAAAAUAAAAUCUUGAAGUUUGGAUUUCAUUGCUGAUCCCCAAAAAGGGAAAAAAGUGAGGUGAGAAAAACAAAGAGUAUCAGUGUCGUCUCAGAAUGUUUCGUUUUGAACAGGAAAAGAUCCGAAAACGAAUUUGAUCUCCAAAGUUUGCGACUUUUCACCAAUCAACUGCUUCCCACCUUGCCGGGUAUUUCUAUGGCCGACGCUCUCUCGUUGAUUCCGGCAGCCGUGCUCCGCAACCUUGCUGACAAGCUCUAUGAGAAGCGGAAGAAUGCUGCUCUUGAGAUUGAGGGGAUAGUGAAGCAGCUAGCUACUGGUGGUGAUCAUGAUAAGAUAGCGGCUGUGGUCAAAUUGUUGACUACUGAAUUCACAUUCUCACCACAAGCCAAUCAGAGAAAGGGAGGAUUGAUUGGAUUAGCUGCUGCAACUGUUGGGUUGGCUUCUGAAGCAGCUCAGCAUCUUGAGCAUAUUGUGCCCCCGGUGUUAAAUUCUUUCUCUGACCAAGAUAGCAGAGUUCGUUAUUAUGCUUGUGAAGCUCUAUAUAACAUUGCUAAGGUUGUGAGAGGGGAUUUUAUUGUAUUCUUCAACCAGAUUUUUGAUGCCUUAUGCAAGCUUUCUGCAGACUCAGACGCCAAUGUACAAAGUGCUGCGCACCUCUUAGAUCGACUUGUGAAGGAUAUCGUGACUGAAAGUGAUCAAUUCAGUAUUGAGGAAUUUAUACCGCUGCUAAGGGAGCGCAUGAAUGUAUUGAAUCCAUAUGUCCGCCAGUUUUUGGUGGGAUGGAUUACGGUAUUGGACAGUGUCCCAGAUAUCGAUAUGCUGGGCUUUCUUCCUGAUUUUCUUGAUGGCUUGUUUAAUAUGUUGAGUGAUUCAAGUCAUGAAAUACGUCAACAAGCUGAUUCAGCUCUUUCAGAGUUCCUUCAAGAGAUUAAGAACUCCCCAUCUGUAGAUUAUGGUCGAAUGGCUGAAAUACUGGUACAGAGGGCAGGCUCUCCAGAUGAAUUUACUAGGCUAACAGCUAUCACAUGGAUAAAUGAGUUUGUCAAACUUGGUGGAGACCAGCUUGUUCCAUAUUAUGCUGACAUUCUUGGAGCCAUUUUGCCUUGUAUAUCAGAUAAAGAAGAGAAAAUUAGAGUUGUUGCUCGUGAAACAAAUGAAGAGCUACGCACCAUCAAGGCUGAUCCAGCUGAAGGGUUUGAUGUAGGAGCAAUUCUCUCCAUUGCUAGGAGGCAAUUAUCUAGUGACUGGGAGGCUACUCGAAUUGAAGCUCUGCACUGGAUAUCAACCCUUUUAAACAAACAUCGUACUGAGGUUUUGCAGUAUCUAAAUGACAUAUUUGACUCCCUGCUGAAGGCACUUUCAGAUCCAUCUGAUGAGGUUGUUCUUCUAGUUCUUGAUGUUCAUGCAUGCAUUGCAAAAGAUCCUCAGCACUUUCGGCAGCUUGUUGUUUUCCUGGUGCACAAUUUCCGGAUAGACAACUCUCUUUUGGAAAAGCGUGGUGCUUUAAUAAUUCGUCGACUUUGUGUGCUUUUAAAUGCUGAGAGAGUCUACCGUGAACUUUCUACAAUACUAGAAGGGGAAUCCGACUUGGAUUUUGCAUCAAUUAUGGUUCAGGCAUUGAAUUUGAUCUUACUUACAUCAUCGGAACUAUCUGAGAUUAGAGAUCUUUUGAAGCAAUCACUGGUAAAUCCUGCCGGGAAGGAUUUAUAUGUUUCUUUGUAUGCCUCAUGGUGCCAUUCUCCAAUGGCAAUUAUAAGUCUUUGCUUAUUAGCUCAGACUUACCAACAUGCAAGUACUGUGAUUCAAUCUCUGGUAGAGGAGGAUAUUAAUGUCAAACUCUUAGUCCAGCUGGACAAAUUGAUUCGCUUGCUGGAAACUCCAGUCUUCACUUAUCUUAGAUUGCAGCUUCUCGAACCUGGAAGAUAUCCAUGGUUGUUUAAAGCCUUGUAUGGUCUUCUCAUGUUGCUUCCUCAGCAAAGUGCUGCCUUCAAGAUACUAAAAACUCGUUUAAAAGCUGUGCCAUCGUUUUCUUUCAAUGGUGAGCAAUUGAAGAAAACAUCCUCAGGGAAUCCCUAUCAAUUUCUACACCACAUGUCUGGUGGAUCUCAUACUUCUGAGGAUGGUGACAUAACUGCUGAUAGUGGGAACUCACACAACGGGAUAAAUUUUGCUGCAAGGCUACAACAGUUUCAACAAAUGCAGCGCCAGCAUCGUGUGCAUAUGAAAGUACAGACACUGUCUCGCAAAAAUUCCCCUUCCUUGUCCAAGGAGGCACAAAAACCGGAAGAACCAAAGCGACCACCGCAGUUGAGUGAGCUUAAUAUUCCUCCUUCAAGAUCAUCCAAGAGAGGUCCAGUGUAGCUAGAACGUUGCUUCUUGCCCAUGUUCAUUCAAUCUUAUUGUGCAUUGAUCCCAGUGUAUGUGAACUUUGAAUGGGAUCAAUCAGGUAUUGAUUUGUAAAAUUGUAAAUCAUAAUAGCUCGUUAUUCUACCACCUAUCAUAGAAGGUUGGAAAGUGGGUUUUGGAUAAAGCUUGAGCUUGUUGCUGGGCUAUUCUUUUGACCAUGUAAACGAAGAUACCCCACAUGGUUCUGUUGUUUUUGUUGAAAAUCAUGUGGGUUAGAGAGAAGGGGAUAUUUUAUUUAGAAAAGUUGCCUUUUCUUGACC